AUGGAAGACGAGUCAGAAGCGAUACAGAACUUGCGUGAGACCAUCAAGAAGAGACUAAGUCCGUCCGAAAUGAUAACAUACGAUUCAUUGGCUAAAGACUUUACGUCACAUAGAAUCGGAAAGAGGGAAUUGACUACAUCGCUUCUACGUUUGCUCGAGAACGACGAGUAUUUUCAUCAAUGCUUCACAGAAGUUGGCCAACGACCUUAA